AUUUCCAGUCGUGUCUGAUAUGCAUCGCGAGACGAUUACCUCGACCGACGGCCGUCACCCCUUCUGAAUCCUUCGUGACCAAGCAAGACACCACAGGUAAAAUCAUCUCCAUUGACACCAGCUCCCUGAGAGCCGCCGGCAGGACGGGCUGGGAGGAUUUGGUUCGGAAAUGCAUCUACGCUUUCUUCCAGCCCCAGGGCAGAGAGCCUUCUUACGCCAAACAGCUCUUUCAAGAAGUGAUGACACGCGGCACGGCCUUCAGCCCCUCGUACCGAUUUACCCUGAGCGACGGGACGGUGCUUAGUGCCCACACCAAGUGUAAGCUCUGCUGCUCCUCCGGCCCGGAGAUACAGACCUUCAUCAUGGGCAUCCACGUCAUCGACAGGGAUCACGGCAUGCUCUCCCCCCAGGAGAACACUAACUCCACCAUGUCCCUUCCCCGGGUCAGCCCCUCACUGAACCCCAGCAUCUCCCCGGGGCAAGGCAUGGCCCUGCCACCCUCCAUCCCUCCCUCCAACGGCAGCAUGUUGGCCACCAACGUGAACCAGCAGCCGGGCGCCGGCCUCCACAACACCAACUCCAACACCAGCCAAAACAGCUUUGGAUGUUCACCUGGGAACCAGAUAGGAGCCAACGUUGCCUUAAGCCAGGGACAAGCUGGUCCCCAGAACAGUAACCACACUUUGAACCUCAGUAGCUCCCCCAUGAAUAGUCCAGGGAUUCCCCCGCCGCAGUUCAUGUCUCCGAGGCAUCGGGUCAGCCCAGGGCUGGUGCCCAGGCCCAGAGUGCCCAGCAACCCCUUCUCGCCCACCAUGCCCACCAUGCACUCCCCCGUGGGCAUGGCCAACAGCGGUGGUGGGGGCGGCGGGGGCACCAGACCCUUUCCCAAUGCCCCCAUAAACUCUCUGCAGGGCCUGACGGAAGGUCCCAGCACACCGGUGGGCUACUCCACGCCACCCCCGGUGCUGAGACAGCUCAGCUCGCAGAGCUCGCCCGGCCGCCUGGCCAUGCAGCCCAUGAAAACAGAGUCCAAGGACAGCAAAGAGAUCGCCUCCAUCCUGAGCGAGAUGAUCCAGUCGGACGGCGGUUCAGGGGACAGCAAACCGCUGGACUCGGGCAUGCUGCACGCUGGUGACAGGCUCUCAGAGGGGGACAACAAAUGUUCCCAAGCCACCAGCCACAAGCUGGUCCAGCUCCUGGCCACCACGGCGGAGCAGCAGCUUCGGCACGCCGACGCGGACACGAGCUGCAAAGAUUCGUUAGCCUGCGCGGGCACCGCUGGGCCCUUGGCCUCCGGCAACCCUCCCAGCAGCACCUGCCCUUCCUCCCACAGCUCGCUGACCGAGCGGCACAAGAUUUUGCAUAGACUCCUUCAGGAGGGCAGCCCUUCCGACAUUACCACCCUCGCCAUGGAGCACGAGAAGAAGGAGAACGCCCCGAACCCCGCCACCACCCCCACUGCUCAGAGCCAGCUGCCAGGAACCCCGGACAUCAAACUGGAGCCGGACGCGCUGAAGAAAAAAGAUGUCAAGGAUCACCAGCUCCUGCGUUAUCUGCUGGACAAGGAUGAGAAGGAGCUGGCUGCAGCCCCAGCACUGAGCCUGGAUGAUGUGAAGGUGAAGGUGGAGAAGACGGAGCAGAUGGAGCCCUGCAACACAGCCCCCGUGCCGCUUGCCAAACCUCCCGCUGCGGAGGAGGUCAAGCUGGAGACGCAGGGCCAGGUGAGUUGACCCGUCUGAGUCCGUGCUGCUGG